CCCUGAAGUGCAGACGUGUUUUUUGGCGAGAGUAACAACCGAGUGUAGAAUAUAUUAAAAUUCUCUAUUAAAGCAAUUUUUAAGACUACGAAAGUGUGUUUUAUAUUGUUUAUUGGUUACAAUAUACCUGAAAAACUGAAGAAUGCCUCCAAAAAAGCGUAGAAGUGUUGUUUCUGCAAAACACUGUUGUGCUCAAUGCGAAUUGAUAAUCAAAGAGGAAACAGAAGAUUCCAUCGAAUGUGACAAGUGCGCCAAAAAGUUCCACUCUCAGUGCACUAAGCUGGAUAAACGUCAAUUCCAACAGUUGUUAGAAAAUGAGAGCGAGAUGUUUGUUUGUCAUUUGUGUAAUGGAGGAGGAGAAUUGGAAAGAGAUUUAAAAGAAAUAAAAACAAAGUUGAUACAACUAGAUCAGCUGAGUGAAAUACAAAAAUCAAUGACAUUUAUGUCGGUACAGUACGAUGAGAUAUUGAAGGGAGUUAUUGAAAAUAAAAAGAAACUAAGUGAAGUUGAGAAGGAGAACUUGAAGUUGCGUAGAGAAGUGAACGAUUUAAAAUUGUCUGUAAAGAUGCUGAAUGAUGGGCGUGUGAAGAACGAUUGUAUUGUGAGCGGCUUAAAAGUAUCAGAUGGAGCCACAGCAGUUGAAUCUGUAUUAACACUUACGAAGAAUGCAGGUGUCGAUGUACAGAGGGAACAUAUUGAAGAUGCUUUUUUUCUGCCUAAUAACAAACCAACCAAUGGGAAGAAAACAGUUGUAGUAAAAUUUUCUAAUAAAUCAGCUAAAGACA